AUGCUGAACCAACCAUUUCACAAAGGCUCUCUAAACAUUGGCAGUACCAUUCCGAAAGAUUAUGAGUUUUUUUCAAACAGCCAGUCAGAUCAAGAUGUAGAUGGCAAAUCCGUUGCCCACUGGAACGAGACAGAUUAUAUUGAAGGUAAAGGUAAUCAAGAAAUUCAUACAGAACAGGAUGUUAACAAAGACUGUAAAGCUAGUGGUCGUUUGCUGCAAUAUUCUAUGGACAAAGGUGUCACACACAAAGAUUUUGAAAUGAAUCAGAGGCAGAAGUUUUUCAUGGAUAAAGGAGACGUCACCAUGGAUGCAGAAUGUGGAUUUGUGAUCAAGCAAAAGAGAGUGAGUGCUGGAAGUAAACUGCACAGACGAACAUGUGUGCCUUUUACAAGUAGUAGCAAGACAUCCAACAGAUUUAUUGACAAGCUGAACAUUGAUGAGGACAUAGAAGCUCCAGUUAGUUUUAAGCAACAAAAGAGUGGUAAAUGUAGUGUAAGUAAAGAUUCUGUUUUCAGUGAUUUUUCUGAAGUUGCAACAAGAAAUACUAAUGAAGAAAUUAAAACUGAGAUUGAACAGAAUGUACAUUGGGAGGGAGAGAAAAGUGAAAAUAAUUCCACAGAAAAGAAGUUGUCUUUCAUGAGUCGUGUAAUGGACUGCUCACAGCAUUGUGUAGAUAUGAAUGGCAUUCAUUGUGAUGGUACAGAUACAGGGGUGAUUAUUCUGCACAGUAAGAGUUUGCAAAAUCAGCCUGUUAAAAAAUGUCUCAGUACUUUAGACGAUUGGUUGCAGACCUCAAAUGGCAUUAAUGAUAUCAAGAUGAAAACUGAUCAUAAUGAUGAUGAUAAGAAUGAGGGAUUAUUUUUGUUGGAUGAUUGUUCGGUAGAUGAUGUUUAUUUGGAAUCACCUUGUUAUUCUGAUUCGUUGGCGGUAGAAGACUUGCAGAAGCAAGAAGUCAGUGAUGGUGGACUUAAUAGAGAGGUUGUCUCCCCAGCCAUGGACAGUGAUAUUUUACCACUGAAUGAUUUUGAAAGUGUUGAAGAUUUGUCCCCUCAGAGCAGUUUAUAUGAUAGUACUCAAUCAGUGCAAGACAGUGCCCUGCCAAUGCAGGACAGUAUCCAGCCACUGCUGGGCUGUACCCAGUCAGUGCAUGGCAAUACCCAGUCAGUGCAGGACAGUUCCCAGUCAAUGCAGGACAGUUCCCAGUCAAUGCAGGACAGUUCCCAGUCAAUGCAGGACAGUUCCCAGUCAAUGCAGGACAGUUCCCAGUCAAUGCAGGACAGUUCCAAGUCAAUGCAGGACAGUUCUCAGUCAAUGCAGGACAGUUCCAAGUCAAUGCAGGACAGUUCUCAGUCAAUGCAGGACAAUUCUCAGUCAGUAUCAUCAACAGCAUCAACCAGUGACAGCAUAUCCCAGAGAGAUAAAGUUUCAGAUAUUUCUGAUUCAAAGGAACAGUUAACUAUUACUGAUUCAGGUUACUUUUCUUCAUGUGAUCUUGUUGAAAGUAGUUCAGAAUUCACUAUAACUACUGAGCUAUGUGAUAGUUCAGAACAAGAGCAAACAGCAAUGAACUGCUCUGAAAGAAAUACUGAUAUUGGUGAUUGCAACCUCACUUUAGGAAAUGUAGCUUCGUCAUCCGUCUCAACACUUUCAUUAUCGUUCCUUUUAUCGCCUGGUGGAUCUUCACACUUUGGAUCAAAUCUACAAUCAGUCAAUCAUCCGUUAAACAGCGGAGAGCAGCAACGGUCACUUCAUAUUCAACGUAGCCCAGCUUCAUCACGUUCUCUUUUUACUGAAAGAAACAGCACAGAUAUAUCAGACACUGGGAAAUGUCAAGCUGGUAAAACCUCAGCUUCAUCUUCUCCGGCUCUAACUGCUUCACCAGGCUGUUCCUGUGGCAGCCCCAAACCACUGGCGGACAGGAGACAUAUCAGAAGCAUUCUCAACACAUACGUCAGUCACAGAUUGAAACCUGAUGUUUGUAAUGAUAGCGUCAGUGAUAUCACAGAUGAGCUUGCUCUUAUACUGAGGAGUUCCAGAAAGAGAGUAGCCACUGGUACAGAUGCAAACACAAUACCUGUGAAGAAAUCUAAUGUAAUGGAAACAAAUUCCUCUGGCAAUUCGAAAGAAUGCAAGAAAAAGUCUAAAACAGAUGUUGGAAAAGAUGUCAGCAAAAGUGCCUGGUCACGCAUUAAAGUGAAGCCCACAGUACAGAAUCCAGAUGCUUUGUUAGUGGUGUGUAGCAUGUGUGACAUCUCCAGUUCAAGUGUCAGAACCGGACAGUGUAAAAAUGGCCAUGCUGUCUGCCAGACCUGUUUGGAAGAUCAUGUCCGCUUGGUUAUGGCAUCAGACAAGGUGCAUUUGUCCUGUCCGGAGAUGUCCUGCAAUGCUGCCAUUUCUCUAGAUUCCUUGUCUCAUGUGCUGCCUCCUUUGGUAGUGGACAUCUUGAAUGAUAACCUUCGCCUGAAAGCACAAAAGGCAACAGCUAAAGCUAUGAAGAAAAUGCGGGAACUGGUUAUAUGCCCUCAUUGUGCCUGCCCUGGGAUGCUGGAUGAAUGGACACUGCAGUUUGUCUGUGGCACAUGUAACAGUAACUGUUGCCGCUACUGUAAAGCUGCAUGGUUUCGUUAUGAGGAACAUGAUGGUUGUUUUCUGCUGAGUUUUGUGGGUGCGGAAUGUCUCCAAGAUAUUGUGAAAGUGCCACGCAACUGGGAUGUGAGCAUCACACCCUUUAAUAAGAAUUACGUGCAGGUGAAUGUACCCUUGGACAGUGCUGAAGGAUCUACUGUAGCCGCAUUCUUUGCCAAGACAUCAUCACGUGGUGCGAACGUCAUCCAAGUUUUCCGCAUACAGAACAGAAAGUUGUGGGAAAAAUAUGUUUUAAAACGAAAGCAUGUUGAAGAGGAAAUCGGUACAGCAGAACUGAAAGAGAAAUUUCUCUUUCACGGAACCAGAGCUGAAAAUAUAGUCAGCAUAUGUUCAGAAGGGUUCGAUAUUAGAGUGCCCACUGCCAAUGGAGCUCUUCUGGGAAAAGGUAUAUACUUCAGUGCCACCGUCAAGUACUCAGAAAGGUACACUGAUCAGUCGCAUAUGAUGUACUUAGCUCGGGUUAUAUGUGGCUGGUCUCAGCAAGGACAGAAACUGCUGACCAGACCUGAGUAUCACAGUAAAGUUAGACGGAUGUAUGACAGCUGUGUGAACGAUACGGCCUCCCCAACCAUCUUCACUGUUUUCGACAACUCCCAGUGUUAUCCGGAGUACUUAAUUCAGUUUGAACAUUAA